AAUUGCUAAAAGUCCUUCCAGUUGAGUCCGGUUGACCCGGAAGCUUUCCUCACCCUAUUCAAUUGUCAACAUGGCGGUGAAUCUGACUGAAUUGUCUCUUCCACAAUUAGAAGGCUUGAAAACGCAGCUUGAUCAGGAAACAGAGUUCCUGUCAUCAUCCAUAGGUCAGUUAAAAGUCGUCCAAACAAAAUAUGUGGAGGCCAAAGACAGUUUGAAUGUCCUUAACAAAAACAAUGAAGGAAAAGAACUACUUGUCCCUCUCACCAGUUCUAUGUAUGUGCCUGGAAAGCUUCAUGAUGUGGAUCAUGUCUUAGUGGAUGUCGGAACAGGCUAUUUCGUGGAGAAGAAUGUAGAAGAUGGCAAAGAGUUCUUUAAACGCAAAAUUGACUUUCUUACAAAACAGAUUGAGAAAAUUCAGCCUGCCCUUCAAGAAAAACAUGCUAUGAAACAAGCUGUGGUGGAAGUCAUGAAUAUGAAGCUUCAGCAACUGCACAGCCAACAGGCAUCACAGUCUGGCACCACCAAAGCCUAAAAACGGUCACAAGAAGCAUGGCAGAAAAUUCAGGGGAGAUCCUGAACAUUCACCUGACAGAUGGAUCCAUUCUGAACCCUGGAAAUGGAGAACCACUGCUCUGAUGUCAACAUGUUGUUCACAUCUCCUUAGGGGAGAAUGAAGUCCAGCACUUUGCCUGUAUUAAACAACUAUUCUUUUUUUUCUGUUCUGUUUUCAUUGUCAUGUUUAGUGAACAAAUGAAGCAUUGGGCACGGCCUGCGGCUGUAUCCGCAAAGCCUCCUACGACUGGGAUUAAUGUCUUUGGAGGAGAUUUACUGUGGCAAACACUUGGCAUGGAUUUUUUAAUACAGCAAAUAUUUACAUCUUAAAUCGGCUUGGCUAAAAGUGAAUUUAUGGAAAUUUACAAGCAAAACAAUGUCAAAAACCAGGGCUUGAUUUGUUGUCCCAGGCAGUUACUGGUCCAUGUUACAGAGAGCAGCAACUUUAUGACUACUGUAAAAUGUUUAUGUAUAAUUUUCCACCCAUGCUGAAACAAAUAAUAAAAAUUGACAUUUAAAACCUGA